AUGUCCGACGAUAUGGAAAUGGAUGCGAAAAGUAGCGAUGAAGGGGUCGGUGCCGGCCAGUCAUCGACAGCCACGACCAGCCAGUCCUCCACCGACGACAAGCCCUGCGCCCAGUCUUCCAAAAGUAGUGCGAAUAGUGUGGGUAACGAUUGCGCGACCCGUGCGACGGCACCGGCACCUCAGGAGCCGAUAGCGGCCACGGCUCGCAGCGCCUGUACGUCGACGGGCGCGACAGUGAAGCGGAAGUUCCGUUCGCUGACGUUCGGCCGGAGCCGCAAGAAGUCGUUACAGUGUUUGGCAAACAAUAAAUGCAAACAAAACUGCGGCAAUCAUUGCUGUAAUAACGCCACGAAUGGUGAUAAUCAUCGCGAGAACCAGAAGAAUAGUACGACUAAUAGUAAUCAUAGCAACGGAUCCAAUGAAAUCAAGUCUUCGCAGCGCAAGAAGAAGUCGUCGGGAGUGUGGGUGCCGUUCAAACUGUGCGCCCGAACCGACUCGUGCGCCGACGUCCGCCAGUCGGCCGACACCGGCGACGCUGACGACGACUCCUGUGUCUGUACGGCGUAUAAGAAGACGGUGUCCGUAGAGCUACAGCCGUUGCCGGUCGUCGAUGGCGAUCAUCAGAUGGCCAGCACUUCCAGUGGUGGCAAAUGUGGCGAUCGAUUCAAUCGGUUACACAAUACCGCCGAAGCCAUGGACGACAGGAGUCGAGCGAUUAACGGACUGACCGCUCGGGAUAUGUCGACAAUCGACGAGUUCUCGAUGGCCAACACGUCCCGCAAUACCGACACCUAUAUGGAGACCUACGGGUUGGCGUCGGGCGGCGCCAACAGUCCCGACACCACCGGCGCCUACCCUAUGCCCACAUACGGCGGUCAACGGCCGGUGCAAGAGGUGCGUACGAUGCAAGUGAAGGUGUCGGAGCUGGCGCUGGCACUGCGCAGUCAACUGUCGCUGACUGUGAGCCCCUACCCAUACCUGGCCCGUUGGGGCGAAGUGGCUGAGCUGACCCCGGGAUUCCUCAACCGGUUCUGCGUGCGCUCCGACUCGGCUCAGGGUCUGAGCGACGGGGGCUGCCCACAGAUCCACACGCAGAUCGAUUACAUCCACUGCCUGGUGCCGGACCUGAUGGCCAUCACCCGGUGCGGCUUCUACUGGGGCAAAAUGGACAGGUAUGAGGCGGAACGGCUGCUGGACAACAAGCCCGAGGGGACGUUCCUGUUGAGGGACAGCGCGCAGGAGGAGCACCUGUUCUCCGUGUCGUUCCGGCGGUUCGACCGCUCCCUCCACGCCCGCAUCGAGCAGUGGAACCACAAGUUUAGCUUCGACUCCCACGACCCGGGUGUUUAUUCAAGCGAUACUGUGUGCGGGCUGAUUGAGCACUAUAAGGACCCGGCUCACUGUAUGUUUUUCGAGCCCAUGUUGACUAUACCCCUCCACCGGAACUUCACGUUCCCGUUG